UUCCAGUACCUUGUAAAUUAGUAUAUAUUUACAUUCUUCAAACUUUUCUAGGGUGCCUACUUUUAUAUUUUUAUAACUCAUUACUUCAUGCACUACACAGAUUAAUCGACUAAUAAUUGAAAUAUUGUUAAUUAAAAUGCUAUCUUCACUUGUCAAAGAACAUCAAGUAAAACAAGCUGCCCGCAAGGAAAACCAAGAUAUUAAAAGAAAAGAGGCAGUAAACGCAGCCAAUGAAUUAACCAACGCACUGGUUGAACAUCUUAACGUUGGUGUUGCCCAAGCGUAUCUCAAUCAAAAAAAACUUGAUGCUGAAGCAAAACAAUUACACCAAAGUGCCAUUGUCUUUUCCAAACAAACUUCUCAAUGGCUGUCACUGAUUGACAACUUUAAUAGUGCACUUAAAGAGUUGGGUGAUGUUGAGAAUUGGACACGCACCAUUGAAAAUGACAUGCAAAACAUCACUACUACCUUAGAGUAUGCAUAUAAAGUUUCGCAAAAACCUUAAUUGAUGCUGUCCACAAGAACAUGGUUUGUUUUCUCAAUCUCAGUUUUAUUAAUUCAUUGUUCAUUAAUUGUACUUAUUUAAAAUAACUGGAUACAUAAUUUGUUAUUAUAAUUUGUUAUUAUUUUUGUAUAUUAUACAUAAAACUCUAUAUUUAUAUUUUAUUUGUUACUCUUCAUAAUAUAGUAAAAUAAUAACAGUUUGUACAGACAUUAAAAUCAACGAUGACUAAGUGCUAUCAACGGUAACACAUAAUGACAUCAUAAAUGAUUCAGUAAA